AUGGAUAGUUCAACUCGGAAUUGUUGCAUUGAGUGCUUAUGGGUCAAAGUUGGAUCCCAAUUUGCCAGAUGCUGGCAUGCUUUUUUUGCACAGCUUGAACAUGUUCAUAUGCUCAAUAUUGAAAACCCAUCACAUAUCUGGUUACUCCACACACUGUUCCUUGAAGAUAUCAAUCAUGACUGCCAGGUGUUUCAGGAGGAGUGGAACUGCCACCCAAUGGGUGGUGCAGGUACUAACAACAAGAGUCCAUUGGAUAUGCAUCUGCUUGGUCAGAUUCAAUUUGGAAUCUACCAAGAGCAUGAAGAUUGUGAAGGAUGUAACCUUGCCAAUGAUGAAGUAAUGGAGACAGCUGAUGCGAUUGCACACCAACAGCAAGUUCACAUUAAACAUGAGGCUGUGCAUAUACUGUCUCUUUGGCACCCUUUUCAGAAUGAUGAAGAAGAACUAACCUUCUUCAGGGGUCUUCAACAGGUAGUCAUGCAGGACAUCAUGCUGGAAAAUUUCGGGUUGACAGCAACAGAGUGGGACUCUGACACAUACCCAUUGAUUGAGACUAUACACAUUGGGCACCACACACAAAAAGAGGUAGAUAUUUCAUUGGCUGAUGCGAUUUGGUAUUCCCGGGCAUGCCUAUGGUGCCAGGUGUUGUCUACAUUAUCAUUCUACUUAAUGAGCCAUGGCUCAUGA